UCUUAACUCACUCCACUUCAGUGCUAAGACAAAUAAGCUGAUCUUAUCAGUCUGUCUAGACGAAGCUUCUGGCGAAGACAUAACUCGUCUCGCAGAAUGUUUUGAAACGUUGCUCUGAAACGAUAUAUAUUUUGUCCGUCCCUAUAGUUAAAAACUUCCCGUUUGAUUCCUUUGAGUGAUUUGAAAAUUUCACUACCCUCUUUUCGCAUUUUUACUAAGUGAAAUAAAUCUAUGUGAAAUAAUUCUCAUUGUAAAAAAGAUCCUUUUGAGUGAAAAAAUAAUGUUUUGUGGAAAAAAAUUUCAAAGUGAAGAAACUUUGCCACUUAUCGGCGAUAAAGCAACAGAAAAGGAUAAACAACAAACCAACCUGACACACUUCCUACCACCACCGAGACAUAGAUAUCCCAUUGCUGUGGUUUUCAUAUUGAUAACGAAGUUUUUCGAAGCAUUCGCCGCCAAUGGAAUCCGAACCAUCCUGGCCCUCUACUUGCGAGAUGAUUUAUAUUUCAGUGAAGACCUUUCCACCAUUAUGCUGCAUAUUUUCAACUUUUUCGGCCAAUUUUGUCCCAUUAUCGGAGCAAUAUUAGCUGAUAGCUAUCUGGGAAAUACUCGAACAAUAUCCUGGUUCUAUUAUGUCUAUGCAGUUGGUUGGAUAUUCCUCAUCAUAACAUCAUUACCAACAAUUGGAAUUUCUAUAUAUUUCCUUGUGUCCCUAUCACUUUUACUUAUAUCAAUUGGUAAUGGAUCAGUUCGAGCAUGUAUCACAUCAUUGGGAGCAUUACAAUUCAAAAUACCUCAACAGAGUCAUCUUCUAACCGAAUAUUUCUCAUUGUAUUAUUUUGUUUAUUAUUUUGGUAUAUUUUUAAGUAAAAUUUUACCACCGAUGGUGAGAGCAAAUACCACAUGUUUCAAUGUAAAUGGAUGUUAUCCAGCUGUAUUUGGAACUUUAGCUGCGUCUUUCUUAGCAUCAUGGAUUUUCUUUACAAUUGGUAAGAUAUACUACAAACCCGAGAAGCUCUCUGAUGAGAAUAUUCUUGUAAAGUUUUAUGGCUGCAUAAAGGUGGCAUUGGUUAAGAAAUGGAAGACUGGAAGUUCGCCAAAGGCUCAUUGGUUACAUCAUGCAAUUGGUCGUUAUGAUGAAUCAUUUGUCUAUGAUGUUUCGAAAGUGAUAAAGAUCUCUAAACUCUUCAUUCCACUGCCAAUAUACUUUGCUCUUCUGGCACAACAAGACUCAAGUUGGACUUUUCAAGCUUCACAAAUGAACACCACAAUUUGGGGUGUAACUUUGCAAGCUGACCAAGCCAAAGCAAUGGGACCAGUAUUAUUAUUUAUUUUUAUACCCCUUUGGCAGUAUAUUUUGGGUCCGAUAUUGAAACAUUUUGAUUUGGAAAUGAAUCCUUUGCAAAGUGUUACAUUGGGUGGAGUUUGUUCGGCGUUUGCGUUUGUAGCUGCAGGUGUUUUGCAGGAAACAAUUUAUACAGAACCUUAUAAAUCUAUAAGCAUUGCGUGGCAGGUGCCCCAAUUUGCUCUAUUAAUGAUGGGAGAACUGUUUCUGUCGAUUCCUGGACUGCAUUUUGCAUUUACUCAAGCUCCUUUGUCAAUGAAGUCGGUUGUGACAGCAGCUUGGUUUCUAAAUAACGCUUUUGGUAACCUUUUGGUGGUCAUAAUAACCGAGCUUGAUAUAUUACAAUCACAGAGUGCUGGAUAUUUCUUUUACGGUGUUUUAAUGAUCGUAUGCACAAUUGUAUUCGGUCUAUUAGCAUAUGACUACCUACUCGACGAUCGAGCUCAAUGGGAAGAUGAUUUAAGAGGGAGUAACACUACCGCAGCUAGUAAUCAAUUGGCAACUAAUUUAAGUAGUGAUAGUUUAGUUAAUGAAAAUAUGUAAACAAUUUGUUUUUUUUGUGAAUUGAUUUAAGGACGGAUGUUGUAUUUUUUUUUUUAAUUUUUAUUAUUAUUUGUUAAGAGAUAAAAGUUACGAAUUAUGAUUCAGUUAGAAUUUUGAAAAAAUAUUGAAUUUCUAA